GUGUGGAUGUCGAGGCAGCCAAGCGGGCUGAAGAAGAACUGCUGCUUCAUGACACAAGGUGCUGGCUGAAUGGGGGUGCCAUGCCAGAGGCCCGCCACCCCCGGACCGGGGCCGCUGCUACUCCAAGCUGGCUACGACACAGAGCUCCGGGAUGGAGAUGGCUGGACACCGUUGCACGCAGCAGCCCACUGGGGUGUGGAGGACGCCUGCCGUCUCCUGGCUGAGCACGGUGGGGGCAUGGAUUCGCUGACCCAUGCGGGGCAGCGGCCCUGUGACCUGGCUGAUGAGGAAGUGAUGAACCUUUUGGAGGAACUGGCCCAGAAACAGGAGGACCUUCCUAAGCAAAAUGAAGCCUCUCAGAGCCGAGGCCAAGAGCCACAGGUGCCCUCCAACAGCAAGCACAGAAGGAGCUCCGUGUGUCGUUUGAGCAGCCGUGAGAAGAUCUCCCUGCAGGAUCUGUCGAAGGAGCGCCGGCCUGGUGGGGCCGCGGGCCCCUCUCUUGGGGAUGAGGAUGAGGGAGAAGAAGAGGCAGCUGAUCACCCUCCUGUGCAACCAAGAGCCCUCAAUGGCGUGUCUUCUCCUGUGUCCUCCAGCCCCAAGAGCCCUGUGCCGCCAGAAGAGGCUCCCUUCUCCAGGCGCGGCGGUCUCCAGAAGACAGGAAGCUCUGGUGCCCUGGGUCCCUCAGAGAGGAGGGGUGCAGAGGGUGUGCUGUGUCUGCAGCGCUCAGCCUCCUCCUCCCUCCUAGAAAAGGCCUCCUCUCAGGCCAGGGGACCCCGUCUUGCCAGAAUAACCCCUACCCCUGCCCAGAAAGUGCCAGAGCCCUCUACCCUGUGUGAGGCUGCCAUGCCUCCUUCUUCGGAUCACUCCGCCCCAUCCUCCAGGAGGGAGCCUGGAUCCCCAGUGAAGCCAAAUGCCCUCGCAGCCUCUGCAGCAGCCCUACCUGACUCCAGGGAUCGNNUCAGGUCCUACCAGAUGCCUGUGCGUGAUGAAGAGUCCGAGUCUCAGCGGAAGGCUCGCUCCCGCCUUAUGCGCCAGUCUCGGAGGUCUACACAGGGCGUGACCUUGACAGACUUGAAGGAAGCAGAGAAGGUGGCAGGGAAGGCUCCAGAGCCAGAGCAGCCUGCCCUGCCCAGCCUGGUGAGCAGGGUCAGGUGAACUGGGGCGGGU